AUGGGCACCCACCGACAUGGCGUCUGUGACCUCACCCACCGGACGGCUUGCAGACGCCUCGUUUCGCUGACACACUCUCUGUCGGUCUUGCUAACCCUUGCGCUUUGGUUGGGGACAGCCUCCACGGGUGCCACUGAGGCAUGUGCAAGCACAGGCAGCGAGGAGUGCGCCACGUCGCUGGCUGCCGCCCAAACCGUCGCCGCCGCCCCGCCCUCGACCCGCUCCCAAGCCCAAACCGCCCCGCCCUCCGCCAUCCAAGCCGCCAUCGAAGCCGCCGCCGAGCCCCAGGCCUCCAGCGCCACGCCCGCCAUCUCCCAAGCCGCCGCCCUCUCCCAAACCGCCACGUCCCCCUCCUCCCAAGUAGCCUGCCUGCGCGACCGGAAACAACUUUCUCAAACUUUCUUCUCUCAAUGCAAGGCCGCCGGCAGCAGCUGCACGCACCCCGCCGCCUGCUGCUCCGGCGCCUGCUCCUCCGAUGGUGUCUGCGUCAGCAUCUCCUGUACUUGGGACCUCUCCUCCGCCUCCAGGCUGGGCAGCGACUGCUGCGCCUGGCUGGCCGGCGGCUCCGGCUGCGCCCAGGGCGGCCCCGUGGCGCUCACGCUGGAUGCGCCGUUUGGCGGCGACGCCGCCUGCGCGCACGCCUUCCAGGGCAGCCAGGCGGCCGACGUGGGCAUCGUCAUGGGGUUCGCCAGCGCCUGCAACCUGUACUCCGCCUCGGGCUACCGCCUGACCGCCGCUGGGGCGGGCAUCACCAUACGCAGCGUGACGCUGGGUAGCCGCAACGAGGCCGCCGGCCAGCCGUUUUUGGUGCGGUUCAGCGGGCCGGGGGGUGUCCCCACAGUGGACGUCAACGUCACGGGCAUGCCGGCGGAGGUGAUCGGCAGCUACGCCUUCAACGUGCCGGGCGGCGGCUUUGCGGUACCGCCUGAUACCCCGGGAUACACGCUGCAGCUGACGGGGGCUGCCGAUCCUGCAGGCGCCGCCUACCUCAAGGCGCUGUCCAACGAUCCGUGCAAGGGCGAGGGCGGUACCUGCCCCGACGGCGACUCGUCCUGCUGUGCCAGCACACGCUUCUGUGCGGGACCCGCCUACACCUGUGCGGGCUGCCGCGCCGAGGGCGACCCCUGCGGCACCGACGCCGAGUGCUGCCCAGGCGCACCCUACUGCUCCCAGGGCGUGUGCAGCCCCUGCAAAGCGCUGGGCGACACGUGCAGCGACUACGGCCAGUGCUGCCAGCACGUCGGUUACUGCUCCCAGGCGUCCUACAUGUGCAAGCAGGCAGGGUGCCUAGGGCAAAGUGAUGCCGACUUGUCUGGCCGUGCUCGCGGCUGCUGCUGGGCUGCCGGCACCCGCGCCUCGUGUUCAGUCGCCGCCACCUCCACCCUGGCCUGCCCCUCUCCCCUCCGGCACCUGCAGUGCAAGGGAGCGGGCGCCGCGUGCAGCGGGCACACGGAAUGCUGCGCCGACCCCAAGAACUCUUAUUGCACCAAUAACAAUGAGAGACAGAGGGGUGCGGGGCGGCUGCAGGCCCAGCCUCGGCAUCAGAAUCCCCACCCAUGUUGUAUCCACCGCAGUAGCAUGCCUGGAACGAUAGCCAGCCCGUCCCGCCAGCGCUCAGCCACAGCUUUACGACACGCACCCUCGAUCCACAAUUUCGUGUCUGAAUACCGCCUCCCCUCCUCUUGUCUUACAACUAGUAGCAAGACAAACAGGCACAUGUAUCCCAGAAAUCAUUAUGAAAAUCUUGAUCCAUUUUUCAAACAAAAGAAAUUAAUUUGAUGAAAUAUAGUUAAUC